CAUACCUGUUACUGGUUAGUGUUAACCUCUGUUUUUUUCUGCUUAACAAACCCUACCAUACCGUAUAAAUAAUUAAAAAAAGUGAUUGAAACCCUAAGGGCAGAAACCCGUCAGCGUGUAGACCUCCAGCGCGUUGGCAUACCCAGGGUUUCUUCUUCUUCUUAUUUUCCUUUGUCCUCGAAACUAGUAUUGUUAUUAUCAUUAUUUCGUCUGUUUAUUCAGGUUGCAGAGGUCGCGCGUUUGAUUCUCGCUUUGUUAUUUCCGAAUUUAAGGGAGAAUGGGUGAAUUGAAGGAGAGUGAUGCUUACCAGGAGGAGCUUCUUGAUUACGAGGAAGAAGAUGUGGCACAGGAGUCAAUUGCUGUAAGGGGCACCGGUGAAACUGUGAAGAAGGGUUAUGUUGGCAUCCAUAGUUCAGGCUUUAGGGACUUUCUUCUGAAGCCAGAGUUACUCCGAGCAAUUGUAGACUCUGGAUUUGAACAUCCCUCAGAAGUACAACACGAAUGCAUUCCCCAGGCAAUCCUAGGGAUGGAUGUGAUUUGCCAGGCCAAGUCUGGAAUGGGAAAGACUGCUGUUUUUGUGCUUUCCACACUGCAACAGAUUGAACCUGUUCCUGGGCAAGUUGCAGCUCUUGUCUUGUGUCAUACUCGAGAAUUGGCAUAUCAGAUAUGCCAUGAAUUUGAGAGGUUUGUCACCUAUUUAAUGGACUUGAAGGUGGCCGUAUUCUAUGGUGGGGUAAACAUUAAAGUCCAUAAAGCAUUGCUUAAAAAUGAGUGUCCCCACAUAGUUGUGGGUACUCCUGGAAGGAUACUAGCUCUAGCAAGGGAAAAAGAUUUGAGUCUAAAAAAUGUCAGACAUUUUAUCCUUGAUGAGUGUGACAGGAUGCUGGAAUCGCUUGACAUGCGGAGGGAUGUCCAGGAGAUUUUCAAGAUGACUCCUCAUGACAAGCAAGUCAUGAUGUUCUCAGCCACUCUGAGCAAGGAGAUUCGGCCCGUCUGCAAGAGAUUCAUGCAAGAUCCUAUGGAGAUAUACGUUGACGAUGAGGCAAAAUUGACACUUCAUGGAUUAGUUCAGCACUACAUCAAACUGAGUGAGCUGGAAAAGAACCGGAAGCUGAAUGAUCUGCUUGAUGCACUGGACUUCAAUCAAGUUGUGAUAUUUGUCAAGAGUGUUAACAGAGCUGCGGAGCUUAACAAGCUACUUGUGGAGUGCAACUUUCCAUCAAUCUGCAUUCAUUCUGGAAUGCCACAAGAAGAAAGAUUAACUCGGUACAAAGGUUUCAAGGAAGGUCACAAGAGGAUUCUUGUUGCAACUGACUUGGUUGGCAGAGGAAUAGAUAUUGAACGUGUUAAUAUUGUUAUUAACUAUGAUAUGCCGGAUUCAGCUGACACUUACUUGCACAGGGUUGGAAGGGCAGGACGAUUUGGUACAAAGGGUCUCGCCAUUACUUUUGUUUCUUCUGCAGCAGACUCAGAUGUACUCAAUCAGGUUCAGGAACGAUUUGAAGUUGACAUUAAGGAGCUUCCUGAACAGAUAGACACAUCAACUUAUAUGCCAUCUUAAGAAUGGAGAAGCAUGCUGCUAUUCAACAGCGUGAAGAAUGAUGUCUGGGAAUUUGUUUGAACUGAUAUGAUAUGGAGAAACUGCUAAUUUUGCUAUAAAGCAGGAUGUAGUAUUAACUGUCUGCUAUGCUUAGUUACACCCCACUUCAUCUGUACACUUAGAUUAUCACCUGGGAAAUUCUGCGGUGGACUUUGAGUUGACCAUGUUUAUGAAUACUGAAGUCCAAUUGAAUGCUUAAUUUAUUCAAUUGUAACGUAUAUGUACUAUUCUAGCAGCCUUACGGCUGAGAUUUAGGAUGUGAGAACUGUACUGAAUCAGUUCAUUAAAUUGAGAACAGUAGACAUAAGCUUAAUUGGGUUGAGGCCAGAUUAGUUUUCUGUUGACACAUUCAAGUGUUUUUCGGUUUGAAGGGCUUUCAAUGAAUGUGAGCGAUUCAAUCGACUUAUUCUUACA